AGACAGCGCAGACCAGCGGGAUAGGACGCGAAGCUCAGUUUCUGAGAAGAGGAAGCUCUCUGAGCGGAGUACGACGUCCAGCAUCUCCUCGAAAGCUUGGACGUAGAUUGAUAUCCGUUGCUGAGGGGGUAAAUCGACAAUCCUGUCGCUCGAAGGCGAGUCGCCUGAUGACGUACAGGGGGCCUGCUCAUCUUCUGCUCGUGAUGUCGGCUUGAGCGGUGUCGUAGGCUCGGGUAGAUCGCUCAUGAGGACAUCGUGCGGCGCGAGAAUGACAAGGACAAGCGUCGCGACGUACUUUGACUCGAGGCGCCUCAUCGAUGGUAGCAGACCACUCAGUCCAGAUAGCUAUCGACCGCGGGGGAACCUUCACCGACUGCUUCUGCUCAUGGCCGACCGAAGAUGGCAAGGGCAGACGAGAACACAUCAUCAAAUUGCUCUCGCGAGAUCCUGGCAACUAUGAAGAUGCUCCUCGCGAGGGUGUCCGUAGGCUUCUAGAGAUCGUGCUCGACAGGAAGAUACCGAGAAGUGAGAAGCUUGACACAAGCAAGGUGGCAUGGCUGCGUUUGUCCACCACCGUUGGGACGAACGCGCUCCUGGAGAGGCAAGGCUCUCGGCAUGCGCUGCUCAUCACCAAAGGCUUCGGCGACCUGCUCCAGAUAGGCAAUCAGACCCGCCCCAAGAUCUUUGAUCUCAACAUCCGGCGGCCGCAACAGCUGUACGACCAUGUAGUCGAAAUUGACGAAAGAGUGAGCCUGGUCGGAUAUGCUUAUGAUGCGAAAGCUGCGGAAAGAGCCGUCCAGUUCGACGAGACCGGCAAAGUCAAGCGGCACUACGAUGGUGUCGAAAUGGACAAUGUCGUGCAGGGCAUGAGCGGGGAAGCUGUCCACAUCCUCAAAGCUCCAGACUCGGAGCUCGUGAGACAGCAGCUACAAUCAGUCUACGACAACGGCAUCAGAACGCUUGCCAUAGUCUUCAUGCACUCGUAUACCUUUGCAGACCAUGAAAAGCUUGUGGGCAAGAUAGCGCACGAAAUGGGCUUCACUCACGUUUCGCUGUCCUGCGAGGCAAUGCCAAUGAUCAAGGUCGUGCCCCGAGGCAUGUCCUGCACUGCCGAUGCCUACCUCACUCCUGUACUGCAGUCCUAUAUCGACGGUUUCUUCGGCGGCUUUGACGAGUCGCUCAGGCGGGGCGUCGAAGAUCGCAACGCAGACGCAAAACGCACGACAACCGUCGAGUUCAUGAAUUCCGAUGGCGGCUUAUCUGACGUCAAGACCUUCUCUGGUCUCAAGAGCAUCCUCUCCGGUCCAGCUGGUGGGGUCGUGGGUGCUGCAUUGACAAGCUGGGACGAGAAGCAAAGGCAGCCGCUCGUCAUGCUCGACAUGGGAGGCACUUCCACAGAUGUCUCCCGCUUCGACGGCCGCUACGAAACCGUGUUCGAGACUGUCACAGCUGGCAUAGCUAUACAAUCGCCGCAGCUUGACAUUAACACAGUCGCAGCAGGUGGUGGCUCGCGCUUAUUUUGGCGCAAUGGCAUGUUCGCAGUCGGACCUGAAUCAGCAGGAGCUCACCCUGGGCCUGCAUGCUAUCGCAAGGGUGGCCCGCUAGCAGUGACGGACGCGAACCUGGUGCUCGGUCGGCUGAUACCGAAAUACUUUCCGAGCAUCUUCGGCGAGGACGAAUCGCAGCCCUUGGAUCCUCAGGCAAGCCAAAAAGCUUUCAAAGAGCUGCAAAAGACAGUCAAUGACGGUAGCGGUAAAGAUCUGUCGCUCGAGCAGGUAGCAGCCGGCUUCAUUCGCGUUGCAAACGAGAGCAUGUGUAGACCAAUUCGCUCUUUGACAGAGAUGAAGGGCUAUUCGACAGCAAAGCAUAUCCUUGUCUGCUUUGGCGGCGCCGGUGGACAGCAUGCCUGCUCGCUCGCAGCAGCUCUGGGCAUUCGACGGAUUCUCAUCCAUCGCUAUUCGUCCUGUCUGUCUGCUUAUGGCCUAUCGCUCGCCGAUCGCGUACUUGAGCGUCAAGAGCCAAGCUCGGCAACGCUAUCCGAUGAAACAAUAUCAUCCUUGACGUCCCGUCUUGCCAAGCUGGCAGAGGCCGUCAUGCAAGGACUAGAAGAGCAGGGCUUCGAAAAGAGCAGGAUCAAGAUCGAGCACUAUCUCAAUCUGCGAUACAAUGGAACAGAUUCCGCCCUGAUGAUACAGCAAGAACAAGAGACGGAUCGAUCGGGUUGGCAGAAAGCGUUCGAAGACGAAUACCGACAGCAAUUCGGCUUUUCGCUCAAGGCGCGCGAAGUCAUUGUGGAUGAUAUUCGUGUGCGCGGCGUUGGUAAAUCCUUCGACACCCUCGGCAAGUCUGUCUUCGAGGAAGAAAGCGAGACGACCUUCGAGACUGUGCAAUCGAGCGAUGCCGCAGAAACGAGCGAGUCAUACUUUGACGAUCACGGCAAGGUCUCAACGCCAAUCUAUCUGCUUGGAAAGCUCAGACCGGGCCAGAGCGUUGAAGGGCCUGCAUUGAUCAUCGAUGACACUCAGACACUCGUCAUUGAGCCGAAGACUAUCGCCAAGAUUUUGCAACGGCAUGUGAUCAUCGAUCUCUAGUCAUCGUCUUGCUCGAUCGCAUCGUCUGCUCGCUCAAAGAGCGCAAACACGUCACGUAUCCUACCACGCCUGGAUCAGCUAGUCCUUCGUGCAGCCAGACUGCACGCACCUUCCCGCAGACCUGGGAUCGAGGUCUUGCGCGUACGUAAGAUGCCGAGUCAUCUUGGUUCGAUCGCCCAUAGCACCGUAGAGUUUUCCAAGCAUGUAAUGCACAUUGAACUCAUCUGGCGCUUCGUCUUUCAGAUCGAGCAGAUCUCGCAAUGCAGGCU